CUGCCUUAACUUCACAGCACGUGUCACAACAUGAAAAUCCACAAGCUAUUAUUCUCCUCCUCUCUCUUUAAGCUUCAACAACAAUAACUAACUACUAAUUACUACUCUUCUUCUCCUUCAGCUCACUCUCAGUUGUGAGAGAGAAAUGGAUUCUCUGCGUGUAUUGCACUUGUCUAAUUCUUCUCCAAAAAUCAUUCAAAUCCCUAGUAGAAAUCAAUUCCAUCCUUUUGUCUUCUUCAAUCCAGGAAUUUCUUUCCCUCUUCGCCAAUCAUCCUCCUUUCGCACUAUCAUUUGCGGUGUUUCCUCUACUGAAACUAGAGGAGAAGAGAAGAAGAUGAAGAAAACCAAAUCAAAGUCGGGGCGUGGUAAGGUACGGCUUUUUGUUCAUCUAGAUCAUCAAGUUGAGUAUGGUGAGCAUGUGGCAAUAUUAGGGUCUACGAAAGAAUUGGGUCUGUGGAAGAAGAAUGUGUUAAUGAAUUGGACGGAGUCCGGGUGGGUGUGUGACUUGGAGUUGAAAGGGGAUGACUCUAUUGGGUUUAAGUUUGUUGUUCUGAGGACGGACAAGAGUGUUGUAUGGGAAGGAGGGGAUAAUCGGAUCAUUAAAUUGCCAAAAGGAGGGAGUUAUAAAAUUGUAUGUCGGUGGCAUGCAACUGCAGAGCCAAUUGAUCUGUUGCCUUGGGAUUUGGAAGAGAAUGAGGUCGAUGUGGAGGGUGAGAAUGGAUCUAUUAGUGGUGCCACUCUUUUGGAGGUGGAGACUAGUCCUUUUGUUGGGCAAUGGAAAGGGAAAGAUAUUUCAUUCAUGCGAUCCAAUGAACACAGGGAUAGAGAAACUGAAAGAAAAUGGGACACUUCAGGCCUUGAGGGGUUGGCUUUAGCAUUAGUUGAAGGUGAUCGGGAUGCAAGGAACUGGUGGAGAAAGCUUGAAGUUGUACGUCAACUAUUAGUUGGAAGUCUUCAAACUGCAGACCGGCUGGAUGCUCUCAUCUAUUCUGCUAUUUAUCUGAAGUGGAUAAACACAGGGCAAAUUCCUUGCUUUGAAGAUGGAGGCCAUCACAGGCCAAAUAGGCAUGCUGAAAUAUCCAGGCUCAUAUUUCGGGAACUAGAACGUAUUUCUUGUAGGAAAGAUACUUCACCAAAGGAAAUACUUGUUAUUCGAAAGAUCCAUCCAUGCUUGCCAUCUUUUAAGGCAGAAUUUACAGCAUCUGUUCCUCUAACUCGAAUUAGAGAUAUUGCUCAUCGUGGUGAUAUCCCUCAUGAUCUCAAGCAAGAAAUCAAACAUACUAUUCAAAACAAGCUACACCGCAAUGCUGGCCCAGAAGAUCUAGUUGCUACAGAAGCAAUGCUUGCACGAAUUACACGGAACCCUGGGGAAUAUAGUGACGCAUUUGUGGAACAAUUCAAGAUAUUCCAUCAUGAACUCAAAGAUUUCUUCAAUGCAGGAAGUCUUGCUGAACAACUUGAAUCAGUUAGAGAAUCUUUGGAUGAAAGAGAUCUUUCAGCUCUUAAAUUGUUUUUGGAAUGCAAGAAGAACUUAGAUACUUCUCAAGAAUCAAGCAAUGUUUUUGAACUAAUCAAAACUAUACGGUCUCUGAGUGCUCUAAGAGAUAUACUUGUAAAGGGUCUCGAAAGUGGUCUUAGGAAUGAUGCCUCUGAUGCUGCAAUAGCUAUGCGACAAAAGUGGCGUCUUUGCGAAAUCGGCCUUGAGGACUAUUCUUUUGUUCUUUUAAGCAGGUUACUUAAUACACUUGAAAAUGUGGGAGGGGCUAAGUGGCUUGUAGAUAAUGUAGAAUCGAAGAACGUAAGUUCUUGGAAUGAUCCACUUGGUGCCCUCAUUGUUGGUGUUCACCAACUAGGCUUAUCUGGUUGGAAGCCAGAGGAAUGUGCAGCUAUUGGAUCUGAGCUUCUUGCCUGGCAAGAGAAAGGUCUCUUUGAUAAGGAAGGAAGUGAGGAUGGCAAGAUAAUAUGGGCACGGAGACUGAAAGCUACUCUUGAUAGAGCACGAAGGCUAACUGAAGAGUAUUCUGAAACGCUUCUGCAACUAUUGCCACAAAAAGUGCAGAUACUAGGAAGCGCACUUGGAAUUCCUGAAAACAGUGUAAGGACAUACACUGAAGCUGAGAUUCGUGCUGGGGUAAUUUUUCAGGUUUCAAAACUCUGUACAUUGCUUUUGAAAGCAGUUAGAAGUAUACUUGGUUCUCAGGGUUGGGAUGUUCUUGUUCCUGGAGCUGCUCUUGGAACAUUGUUUCAGGUUGAGAGCAUUGUGCCUGGAUCAUUACCAUCAACUGUAAAAGGACCUAUUAUUCUUGCGGUCAACAAAGCUGAUGGAGAUGAAGAGGUAACUGCUGCUGGUAGUAAUAUAGUCGGAGUUGUGCUUCUGCAGGAGCUGCCUCACUUAUCUCAUCUUGGUGUUAGGGCUCGGCAAGAGAAGGUUGUCUUUGUGACAUGUGAAGAUGGUGAUAAAGUUGAUGAUAUACGAAGGCUUACUGGAAAAUAUGUGAGGCUGGAAGCAUCCUCAACCGGUGUAAACCUAGCUUUGGCUUCGUCAGAUGGUGUUAACAGUGACUCUAUUGUGAAAGAUCUUUCAGGUAAUGGCACAUCUACAUCCGAAGUCUCUGGAUCUCAUGAGUCGGCUCUUCAAUCCUCUUAUUCCAACCAGGCUUAUUCUUCUGGAGGUGUUAUACUACUUGAAGAUGCAGAUGCACUUUCCUCUGGUGCUAAGGCUGCUGCCUGCAGUCGUUUAGCCUCAUUGGCAGCUGUUUCUCAUAAAGUUUAUAGUGACCAAGGGGUGCCGGCUUCUUUUCAUGUCCCAAAGGGGGCAGUUAUACCUUUCGGUUCUAUGGAAUUAGCACUCGAGCAGAGUAAAUCCACGGAAACAUUUAGGUCGCUUCUAGAACAGAUAGAAACAGCUAAACUUGAAGGUGGUGAACUUGACAAAUUGUGCUCUCAACUCCAGGAGUUGAUCUCUUCUGUGCAUCCUCCAAAAGACAUAGUUGAUGGAAUAGGCCGAAUAUUUCCAAGCAAUGCACGGUUGAUUGUACGUUCAAGUGCCAAUGUAGAGGACCUGGCGGGAAUGUCAGCUGCUGGACUUUAUGAAUCAAUCCCUAAUGUUAGCCCAUCAAAUCCAAUUAUAUUUGCAAAUGCUGUUAGCCAAGUGUGGGCUUCUCUGUACACACGGAGAGCUGUUUUGAGCCGUCGAGCUGCUGGUGUAUCUCAAAAGGAUGCUACAAUGGCAGUACUAGUACAAGAAAUGCUUUCACCGGACCUCUCAUUCGUGCUUCACACACUCAGCCCAACCGACAAUAACCACAAUUCAGUUGAGGCAGAGAUUGCACCCGGGCUUGGUGAAACCCUUGCAUCAGGCACCCGUGGCACACCCUGGCGUCUUUCAUCUGGGAAGUUUGAUGGGGUCAUUCGAACAUUGGCAUUUGCAAAUUUUAGCGAGGAAAUGCUAGUAUCUGCUGCUGGUCCUGCUGAUGGGGAAGUCAUCUGUUUGACUGUGGACUACAGCAAGAAGCCAUUAACAGUUGAUCCGAUAUUUCGUCGUCAGCUUGGUCAGCGUCUCUGUGCUGUUGGGUUCUUCUUGGAGAGGAAAUUUGGGUGUCCACAGGACGUGGAAGGAUGUCUUGUCGGGAAAGAUAUUUACAUCGUCCAGACACGCCCACAACCAUAGAAGAAGUUUCUGGUACAUCUGAGAGGCUACUACCUUGAGACUGCUAGUGCUAUCUACUAAUGCAGGCAUGUAUGAGCACACUCCAUGUGCGGGUGCAGCAUGGUCACUGAUCGCAGAUAGCUUGGCACUUGUUGGAUUGUUUUCAUACGGGUAAGAAUGAUAAAAUGGUACCAGCAGGCGUAUAUUACAGUAAUCUAUGUAUCAAAUGGCCAAGCUAAAAAGGUAUCAUAUAUAUUUCUUUUAAACGGGCAUUUGGCCAUUUUAAUAAAUGGCUUAUUUUAUGACCAUCA